AUGGAAAAUUUUACCAUUGAUUAUGAUUGUGACAUGAUUAUGAAUACUAUGGAUAGUCGAGAUUUGAUAUGUAUACAGUCCAUGGAUGGGAUGCUCAUGCUAUUUGAGCAGGAAAGCUAUGCUUUUGGACGAUUUUUACCUGGCUUUCUUCUACCUGGUCCUUUAACGUACAGUUCUCGGACAGAUUCUUUCAUUACAGUGUCUUCAUGUCGACAGGUUGAGAGUUACAAAUACCAAGUGCUGGCAUUUGCAACGGAUGCUGAUGAAAGACAAGAAACAGAACAGCAAAAACUUGGUUCUGGAAAAAGACUCGUGGUGGAUUGGGUUUUAAACAUCGGAGAGCAAGCACUGGAUAUAUGUGUAGUGUCCUUUAAUCAGGCGGUUUCCUCUGUUUUUGUGCUCGGUGAGAGAAACUUCUUUUGCCUUAAGGAUAAUGGGCAAAUCCGAUUCAUGAAAAAGCUUGAUUGCAGCCCAAGUUGUUUCCUUCCUUAUUGUUCAGUUACAGAAGGAACAAUAAACACCCUUGUUGGAAACCAUAGUAACAUGUUGCAUGUUUAUCAAGACGUGACACUGAAAUGGGCCGCUCAACUUCCUCACAUUCCUGUAUCAGUUAAAGUAGCAAAUUUACAAGAUCUGAGGGGUGUAAUAGUUACCCUGAGUGACAGUGGGCAUCUUCAGUGUUCCUACCUUGGAACUGAUCCUUCACUGUUCCAGGCUCCCAAGAUUGAAUCUAGGGAAAUAAACUAUGAAGAAAUUGAUGCUGAAAUGAAACAACUUCAGAAAAUCAUCAAGGAAGCCACAAAAACACAAGAUAUCUUGCCCAAAUCUGAAAGUGAGAGAGAGCUAAUUGUCAUUGCGGAAGUUUCACCUGAAUUGGAUGCAGAAUCUCAGGCCAUUGACAGUGAGGUAAAAGCAGAGGCAGUUCCAUCAGUCACAGUGAAGAUAACCAUACAGAGCAGAGUGACUGCACAGAAACCAAAGCUGGCAGUAUGUGUAGAAGCCCCCCUAGCACUGUCCUGUGACCAGUUCGACUUUGAUGAUUUAGAACCAGAUGCAUCUGAAACCGUGGUCCUGUCUGUCUUUUUGAAGGGGAAUUGUCUUCCACCAGAACUGGAGGGGGAUUGUGUGGCUUCAUACAGCACACCGACAGAGCUCAAUCCUGAAGGAAUAAUAAAAGUUGCACAGUGUAAAUUCAGGCUACCUUUGCGGUUAAUUUGCUUACCAACGCAACCUUCAAAAACAGCAAACCACAAGCUAACUAUUGACACCAAUAAACCUCCCGUCAGUUUUCUCACCAUUUUUCCAGACUUUGCUGAUCAAUCUGAAGAGGACCAAUCUAAUGCCCUGGGAUUUCAAUUUUUAACUGGUUCAAAAAUCACUCUUCUUGCUUCUAAAACAUCACAACGAUACAGAAUCCAGAGUGAUCAGCUAGAAGAUCUUUGGCUAAUAACAAAAGAGCUCACACUUAGACUUAAAGAACAUUUCAAGAAGCAAAACUGCAAAGACUUCACAUGUAGCUUUUCUGGUUCGAUUCCCCUGCAGGAAUAUUUUGAACUAAUUGAUCGACAUUUUGAGCUACGUUUGAAUGCUGAAAAGCUUAAGGAGAUGUUAUCUGAAAGGGCUGUUCAGUUUAGAGCUAUUGAGCGACGACUACUGACACGGUUCAAAGAUAAAACUCCUGCUCCUCUUCAACAUCUGGACACCUUGCUGGAAGGAACAUUCAGAGAGGUAAUAGCUCUAGCAGAUGCAGCAGAGGAAAACCAAGCCAAUGUGUUCCAGGCAUUUAUGAAGUUGAAAAGUGCCACCCAUCUGGUGGUUAUGCUGAUUGGUCUGUGGCAGAAGCUCAGCGCUGAUCAAAUUGCUGUUCUGGAAGCUACGUUUUUGCCAUUAGCACAGGAUACAGACGACCUGGGCUGGGAAGAAACCGUGGAUGCUGCCAUUUCUUACUUAUUAAGAACUUGUUUGUCAAAGAGCUCUAAGGAGCAGGCCCUGACUCUGACCAGUGAGUUAUGCAUACCUAAAGAUACUAGUAGGCUGAAGAAACACAUCACCCUCCUCUGUGAAAGAUUGGCCAAAGGUGGUCGCCUUUCCUUAAGUACAGAGACGACCACUCCACAGACUGCUGGCAUGCCAGGUGGCUGUGCUACAAUCCCAGAGUCGGACUUAGAAGAAGGAACAGUUGUACCAGGCACCGGAGCAACGUUUACCAAUCACAAGCACAUCACAAAGCAGAAAUCCAAGCCUG